AUGGCACGGAAAUUUAGCACAGAAGAUAUUGUAUCGCAAAAUUUUAUUAAAUCAUCUGUGCAAAGGAGUAUAAAAUUGGCGAUAGUGAGUCAGUUUCCCUCAUUCAAGGGCACCAUCGACGCGGUGUUGCCAAAAAGAGGACACAUUAUCCUCGCCAAAUGCCAAGAGCAUCUGACGCUCUUGUUGGUCGGAGGUGACAUAGUUUUCUUCCAAAAGCGCGAUGGCCCGUGGAUUCCUUCUAUGCGUCUGGUUCACAAAUAUCCAGAGAUGAUGCCCAGGAUGCAAGUGGAUAAAGGAGCUCUAAAAUUUAUACUCAGAGGAUCAAAUGUAAUGUGCCCCGGGUUGACGUCAGAGGGGGGAGCCAUGGACGACGUCGAACGCGGAGAAGUGGUUAUAGUCGUCGACGGAAGACCGCACGCGUGCGCGGUAGGAAUCACUACUAUGUCGACAAAAGAAAUACGUGAAAAAAACAAGGACAUAUGCAUCGAAAAUAUGCACUACCUCAACGACGGUAUUUGGAAGUUCGGCACAACUUCUCAAGACACCUGA